CUCUUCCUCUUCUUUUUAAGGGAGGUAUUUAUAAAAGAAAGCUUGUUGUAGACCAGUGUGGGAGCAGUAGUGUGACAGGAAAAAACGUAGACAACGCCAAAUAAUGGAGGAAGCUGGUGAAAACGCGCCUCUGGAUAGGGCAGGCAGUGCUGAACGUUUGGUUGGUGAACCAAGAUCCAGACGUGGCUCCACUGGCUACGCCCUGAAAGUGGCAGGCCUGACUACUCUGGCAUGUCUGCUGCUGGCCAGUCAGGUGUUUGUAGCCUUCAUGGUGUUUGACCAAAGGCAACAGAUCCAAACGAUGCAGAAGGACUCUGACAAAUUAAGCAGGCAGCUGCACGCAGCUCAAGUGGCUCCAAUAAAGAUGCACGGGCCAAUGAACCACUUCCCAAUGAUGCAGGCAUUUGUGGAUUUGGACUCGGUGGCGACCAAGGCACCUGUGAAACAGGAAGAGAAGAAGAGUGAUUCUGUUGGCGUGGAUGAGAUGAUUGGUCUCAUGGAGGGGAACUUUGAGAUGCCCAAAUUCAACGACACCAUGCUGGGUAACCUGAAGGGCUUGAAGAAGCAGCUGAGCCAAAGUGACUGGAAGAGCUUUGAAUCUUGGCUGCACAACUGGAUAAUCUUCAAGAUGUCUACAACUCCUACUGUUUGAAGAAACGAAGCCAAGUGCUGCAUAUUUCUUCAUCUGGUUGAUAUGCAUAAUAAUCAUUUCAUAUCGGCUAUUGUAAGGAAAUUCACCUACUUUAGUGUGGCUAGCUACAUUAUACGUGAUUGCUUGUUUACCUGAAAGGUUUUUUAUGGUUCUUCACGGUAUUUACAUCUAAAGAUCAAAAUAAACCACAGUAAAUUUUUUCGAGUUUUAUUUCAUUUGCAUUUAAAAAAAUUUGAGAGAAUGAUUUUUUUUUUUUUUUUUUUUAAACACAGGCUCAUGUAUUAGCUCACACUGGAUCGUGCUAGCAUUUGGGUCAGUUUUGUCAUUUAACCGUGUGGAGAAAAAUUUACACAAAAAUUAGUUUUUUUUUCAUACAUAGUUGCAUGCAAAGUAUACGUUGCAAAGCUUGGGUGAAUCAAUUUAAGGGGUUAGCAAAACUUUAUUUUGGUGGAAAGAAAUUGCAAUAAAGUUUGGUUAGAUUCA